AAGACGAAAAAUUGAGAGACUUUGUUUUUUCUACCCGCGUUGAAUAUCUUUAAUUUCUCGGCGUUCAGAAGCUCCAGAUACUUUGAGUCGCGGAUCCUGCGCUGUCUGCACUGUCUGCCGGUCUGUGGGUGAAAUUGCGGCGAUGUAAAAGGAAGCUGUUUGUGUGUCGGUUUGACAGUCUCGUGGGAACUGCGUCGAAGCGACGGUAUUGUUUACGAAGCACUAAACGGCUUCUGCCUAUGCUAUUACAUAAUUGUAAAUGCUGUAAGCUCCCUGCGGCUUACCAGGACGUUAACGUUAGUUGAAUAGGCUACGUCAUUCUCCUUAACUGGUAGGCCUGUUUUUAACAUUAAAAAUAUCAUAUAGUCUCCUAAAUGGCAUUUAACAGGACCUAUAUUAGUGUUAGUUAUGCCGUUUUCGGCAUGUUGGUUGGCUUCUCGGCAUUUGUAGUGUGGAAUGUCGUAUUCAAACAGCCAUGGACGGCGGCGAUGGGUGGUUUAUCAGGUGUGCUGGCGCUCUGGUGUCUCGUCACACACAUCAUGUACCUGCAGCACUACUGGCGCACCUGGCUGAAGGGACUCAAGUUCUUCAUCUUCAUCAGUGGGCUCUUCUCGCUGCUUUCUGUGGUGGCCUUUGCUGUCUUCCUCACCCUGGCCAUCACUCAAAAGGAAGUCCCGACUGACCCCUUCAGCUUCUAUCUGUCCUGCGUUUGGAGCUUCCUGACUCUGAAAUGGGCGUUUCUUCUGGGCCUCUACUCCCAUCGAUACCACCAAGAGUUCGCCGACAUCAGCAUUCUAAGUGACUUCUGAUUGGACGCUUCCCUGAAGAGAGGAGGAGUCUGGAGAGUGAGCUGCUGACCAGGCCAAGCAGAGUUGAUAUGAGAGGAGAGUUGAUAUGAGAGUGGAGCUCAAGAUGGCAGGACUGGACUGACCUGAGCAGAGCUGGAGUUUGAGUACUGCCCCUUCACUAGCCCCUCCCCUGUGCUGAUCUGCCCCAAUCUGUGUUCCUCUGCCCCUGGGACCAGGCGUCUGCCCCAGUCUGUGUUCCUCUGCCCCAGUCUGUGUUCCUCUGCCCCAAUCUGUGUUCCUCUGCCCC